ACCCCCCUCACGGAAAACUGUGGUAACUGGAGUGCACAGCUGCAGAGAUGCGAGGCUCAGAAAAACAAGGAGAAACGCGAGGGAUGGAGAAACCGGGACAGUAGCCGCUCAACGUAAAUCGUCUGAGAUGCUUGGAGACACCGAGGACCACCGUCUGCGCCGCGCUCUUUGGAGAUAAAAUACGCGCUCGGAUUGAUCCGGAUCGGGGGAGGAACGGGAGGGGUCGAUCAUGGGGAACGAAGCGAGCCUCGAAGGAGGCGAAGGGCCGCCGUCUGGGCUACCGGCGGGGCUGGCACCUGACGGGAAGGGCGGCUUCGUGAGGGUCUCCGAUGGGACCCCGGUCAACCUGAGUGAACUCAGCGAGGAGGAGAGGAGGCAGAUCGCCGCCGCGGUGUCAAGGGCGCAGGGAAGGCAGCCCGGAGGCGCAGCAGCUGCACGAAGACCAUCAGAAUCGGAUGCCCAGCGUUCCCAGCAGGUAGGGGCCUCGCGGGGCCCGGCAGGACUCAGUAAGAGUCGAACUGUUGACGCCUUUAACCAGGGUCCACCUGGCAGGGCCUCACCGGGGCGCAGCCCGUCAUCCCUCAGCCUUUUUGAAUCCAGAUUUCGGCAGGAGCCAAAGGACCCCGAGGCCAAGUCGUCCGGCAUGUUUGGCUCGAGCUUCCUCAGCGGGGCCAACCCCCUCAGUGCGGUGUCAUCCAUGACAUCCUCGGUUUCAUCCUCCAUAACCUCAAUGGGCGAUUCUGUCAACAUUCCAAAGUUUGGAUUGUUCGGGGAUGAAGAGGAGGGAGACGGAGCUGCACCAACAGAGGGAGGAAAACCAGCAGGGAAGGGCCCUCAGCAAGGGCCGGGUCCCAAGGGGCCACAACAGGGGGGACCUCAAAGACAGACUCAGGGCCCACCUGGACAGGGUGCAAAGCCAGGGCAAGGACCCCCUGGUCAGGGACCAAAGCAAGGUCAGGGUCCACCAGGUCAGGGCCCUAAAGGUCCUGCCCAAGGACCUCCUGGGCAGGCCCCCAGGCAGAAUAUUCCAGGCCAGCAAGCACCCAAGCCUGGACAGGGACCUCAAGGCCCUCCAGGACAACAGGGGCCAAAACCAGGUCAAGGGCCACCUGGUCAAGGCCCUCCAGGACAACAGGGGCCAAAACCAGGUCAAGGGCCACCUGGUCAAGGCCCUCCAGGACAACAGGGGCCAAAACCAGGUCAAGGGCCACCUGGUCAAGGGCCUCCAGGACAACAGGGACCCAAACCAGGUCAAGGGCCACCUGGUCAAGGGCCUCCAGGGCAACAGGGACCCAAACCAGGUCAAGGGCCACCACCAGGUCAAGGUCCUAAACAGGGUGGCCCUCCCCAGCAAAAAGGUGGUCCACCACAGCAAGGACCUGGUAAACCGGUACCCAAACAACAAGGGCCACAAGGUCCGCAAGGACCUGCUGGACCUCCUGGUCAGCAGGGUGCUGGGAAGUCUGCAGGUGGACUCUGUCCAUUAUGUAAGACUACCCAGCUAAAUGUUGGAUCCAAGGACCCUCCAAACUACAACAACUGCACUGAGUGUAAGAACCAAGUCUGCAGCCUCUGUGGUUUCAGCCCCCCAGAUUCAGCGGGAAAAGAGUGGCUGUGUUUGAACUGUCAGAUGCAGCGAGCGAUGGGAGGAAUGGAUCCUCCUGGCAUGACGAAGCCCAAGCAAGGUUCGGCCCCACCGUCCCCGCAGAGGCAGGCGUCUGGAAAACCCGGCAAGCUGCUAAUAAAGCAGCAGAGCACCUCCGACCAGGGGUUAACACCGCCGACGACACCGAGGCAGAAAUCCCCCGGUCCCACAUCUCCAGGACCCGUUUCCCCAGGCUCCUCUCUGGGAGGAUCCCCCAAGAUCGAUCCCAAAACCGGCCGUCCCAUCCAGCAGAAGUCCAGUCCUCAGCAGUCUCCGGCGAAAGCCAAACAGGACUCCAGCUUUUUUGGUGGGUUUGGAGGUAUCAGUCUGGGAGGCCUCACAGAUGCAGCUAAGCCUCCUCCGGCUGCUUCACAAGCUGCCGAGUCUGUCACAGGGAAACUGUUCGGCGGAUUCGGAGGCUUGAUGGAAUCAUCAAAACCCCCAGCACAGGCUGGACCCAAACAGGAGGAGUCCGUGGCUGGAAAGUUGUUUGGAGGUCUUGGAGGGUUGACAGAAUCGGCUAAACCUCCCGCUGCCGCAUCUCAAAUGUUCAGCUUUGGAUCGUCCCUGCUGAGCUCAGCCACCAACCUCGUCACCGGAGAUGAAGAUAAAACGUCUCCGCCUGGAUCGCCGCCCGGAUCGCCGCCCGAUUCUGGGCCGGGCUCGCCUCCGGAUUCCGGACCCGGUUCACCUCCUGACUCCCCAUUCUCAGCUCCUGGGUCACCUCCUGAUUCAGACUCUGCUCCUGAUACACCACCUGCUAAAUCCAAGAAGCCUCCGAGAACCAUUUCGGUGGAGAAGGAAGAGAAGGCUCCGACUCCAGCUCCUGCUCCAGCUCCUGCUCCCAGCGCAGCGACCAAAGCAAACUGCCCUUUGUGCAAAGUGGAUCUGAACAUUGGGUCAGGAGAAACGCCCAACUACAGUCUGUGCACCGAGUGCAAGAAGGAAGUGUGCAAUCUGUGUGGAUUCAAUCCCACUCCUCACUUAGGCGAGAAAGAAUGGCUUUGUCUCAACUGUCAGACCCAAAGAGCCAUGUCGGGCCAACUUGGAGACACGCCACCGUCAUCCAUGGCAUCCCCGAAGAAGCAGCCAGCUGCCCCUUCCCCUGCUCCUGCUCCUUCCUCUACCCCCACCCCUGCUGCUGUAGAUAGUAAACCUGUAGCUGGAGCAGCAGAUGCAGAUGUAACCCCGCCAUCUCCCAAGACCAAGGUUAAAGCAGUGGAGACUUUGAAAGAACCCAGAGUGACAGAAGUUCCUAUCAAGGAGGGUAGUCCCACCAGCCCGUCAGACCUAUCAAAGCUAGAAAGCACUGUCCUCCCCAUUCUGGAGGCCCAGACAGGUUCCUCAGAAGAGACGAAACCAACAGACACUCUAAAGACCAGACGGAAAUUAGAGGUACUUCCUCUCUCACCUGAUUCACCAAGUUCAGAAGAGGACAGAGACAUUUCGAAUGACCAGACUACCAUGAAGAAAAAGCUCCUUGUGCCCAUGGAUGUCAAGGGAGAUUCUUUGGAUGACAGCAGUGAAAGCUUUGGCAAAGACAGUCCAAUGUCAGGGGAUGAUGAAGAUUUUAUCAGAAAACAGAUCAUGGAAAUGAGUGAGAAUGAAGAUGCUUCGCCAUCUGAUGAGGAAAAUCUAAUACGGCGAAAGAUUCGAGAGGAAGAGAACAAACGAAAGGAACUAAAGGAAACUGAAACUGUUGAAAAGAGCACAUCAGGAAAAGGCAGAAAACUCACCAAGAAAUCUACCAUAAGUCCAGAUGAUGAAGAUAAGGUUCUCACUCUUUCAACUGAAAAACCUGACAUAAAAGUAGUAGAACCAGAACCAAAAGAAGAGAGUAGGAGUGGGACUGCAAUCCGUGAAUUUCAAACAAUGGAUUUGCAUGCAACUAGCAGGCCCAUACGUAUACCUAAUGAGGAUGGAGAGCCUGAAAUGGAAAGCCUAACUGACUCUCCAGAUGAUCGGUCUCGAGGUGAGGGGUCAUCCAGUUUACAUGCAUCUAGUUUCACCCCUGGAACAUCCCCAACAUCCCUCUCAUCACUGGAUGAAGACAGCGACAGUAGUAGUUCCAGCCAUAUACGUACUGGUGAGGGUAAACAACACAGAAAGGCCAAGCACAGGCAACCUGGUCAAACACUGCCAACUAUUGAGGAUUCAUCAGAGGAGGAAGAGUUGAGGGAGGAGGAGGAGUUGCUCAGGGAGCAAGAAAAACAGAAGGGCUCAGGAAAGAAGUCUAAGAAAGACAAAGACGAAAUUCGAGCUCAGAGAAGACGAGAUCAUUCAAAAACCACACCAAGUAACCUUUCCCCUAUUGAAGAUGCCUCACCAACGGAAGAACUGAGACAAGAAGCUGAAAUGGAAGAGAUCAGACGAUCAUCCUGCUCUGAUUUUUCGCCCAGUAUUGAAUCGGAUCCUGAAGGGUUUGAAAUUCAUGCCGCAAAGAUUGCAGCAGUCCAGAAAACAUUUCAAUUGCCUACAUCAGUGUCUCUUCACUCCCCAACAGAUGAUCAAAACCCAGAUCACCCACAGAAAAAGUCACUCAAAUCUGCUGAUGAGGCUUAUGAAGAAAUUAUGCUGAGGGCCAAGUCUCCAACAGUUGAAAAAGUUGAUAAUCAACCAGAAAAAGAAUCACUUUAUGGAGGAAUGCUCAUUGAAGACUAUGCCUAUGCUUCUCUUAUUGACAAUUCCACUGGUGACCUGGGAGAGCCUGAGAUGAUUAAUAUUCCUGCUCAACCCAAAAUAUUAAGAUCACCAGAUGAAGUUUAUGAAGAUAUGAUAAAGAAAAGAAAGGAAUUCAUGCAGUUGGAGCAGGAAUUCCAAAAUAUGCAGCCUAAAAAGGAGAGUACUAACCCAGAAAUUGUUUUACAGCCGGCAGAGAAUAUGUUCUCCAAAAGCAGCGAAGUGACUUUUGGAAAAGAUGGGAAGCCCUUAUUGGAUGCUGAAACUGCAUAUGAAGAGCUAAUGAAAAGAGUUCUGACUCCUGGAACAAGUCCAACUCAGCAGGAGCCUGAAGUGGAAGGCUCUGUAUCGAGAAGGGCAUUACACCCCAUCCCAGACCUGAAAGUGACACAGUGCUCUUCAGGAGAAUUGUCUUCUGAUGAUGAGAGUAUAAUUAAAAAGGAAGGGGAGAGAACUGCAGAUGUAACAUCAACAACAGAAACAGAGCCAGUAAAAGUAAUUGACUCUUCUCCACCUUCCACAUUUGAUCAGCAAGCUCACACUACAACCACAACAUCCCAAGCUAAUGCAGUGGACUUAUCUAGUACCUUAACUAAAACAUCAACUCCAGUGAUUGCCAGUGUAUCACCCUUCCCGACAGUCCCUCAGUACACACCCAGUGUACCAAGUGUUGUGUCUACUGCCCCACCUGUGCCCCCAAAGCCAAAUGUCCUGCGUAGGGCUAAUUCUCAGGAAAAAGCAGAAGAACCAGUUGCACCACCACUGCCUCCUCCCACUCCUCCCAAACCCACAGUGUUUCCAAGGAAAGCCCCGGUUCCUCUUCCACCUCAGGCUUCAGCACCCCCUGUAAUAGCUAUGACUACAGUCCAGGGCUCACCUACAAGACAAACAGUUACGCCAACAUACAAGCCUCAUAUCCCCCCUCCUGUUCCACCUAAGCCAUCCAUUCAUACUGGGAUUGGGGAGAGUCAUAGAGCAGGACACGGUGUCAAACCACCAAUUGCACCAAAGCCUGGCUCACAGCCUUCUUCACCAGCCCAUGCCCCACAUCCAUCACGACCUACUGUACUUCCAACAAGUUCUCAUGAUAGUGUUCUCAAUCUAAGUCCAUCUUCAGAAAGUAAACCAUUCCAGCCCUCACCAAAGUCUCCUUCUUCUCCAAGAUAUGCCAGCAAUCUCCGUGAUACAUAUGUAGUCAUCACACUGCCAUCUCAGCCUAGCUCGCCAGUGGACGGUGUCACUACUAAUGCUCCCUCUAGCCCUGGGCCAGCAUCUCCUUCACGUCAGGGACAGCAUGAGAGUUAUCAACCUCAUUCAUAUUCACAGCCAACACAACAACCAGUUCCUCCUCAAACAACCAGGGUGCCUCUGGCAUAUACACGUGUUUCAGAAUCUAUUGAAAGUCAAGAGAUUUUUGGCCCAGAAAAACAUGUAUCUAGUUCUUGUCACAUAAUUGAGGCAGUAUCUGCAUCAGCACAGCCACCAGUGGUGAUGCCUAACCUCAUCUCACAAGUGGUCACCACAGAAGUCCAAAGGACCACUGUUUCGGUUGUUCAUGAAAGGACACCACCUCCAGUGCCAGCUCCUAGGGCUAACGGGGUUCCAAUAUCAAUGGAGAAAUUGAAGCCUCAGGUGGCUGCACAGAAUGGGCAGACUGUUCAACCUUCUGACGUGGUAGAUCUUAGGACUAUGAAGAUGGAUCCAGAAUCAGGCAUGAACGGAGUGGAUUUGUCUACUACUGGCUCAGAGUCAAGACGUCAGUCCUUUGUAACGGAUGUCAGUCGUCACAACAGUGCUGUCCAGUCACCAGUGGUCAACCUUAGUGCUGAAUCAUCUACUGUUUCCAUUGUGACCGAUAGCAUCACCAUUGUAACAUGUUCUGCCACAUUACAACGAUGUGAUGUAGACUCUUCUCAGACAUCAUCAGUGCCCCUUCAACUAACGAAGAACAAGUCUUUUGAACCUGUUUCACAGAUUAUAUAUCGGCCAGUUGAUUCUCAGCCCUCCACUAAUGGUACCACAGAGAUCCCUAUCAAUCUUUCAGUUGGAUCAAGCAUAAGUGGAGGAACCUUCCAACCCAUACCUGUUACAAUGGCUCCUCCAUCUGCUGCAGGUUGUGUUGCCAAUGGAUUAACUACAAGUACAACUACAGUGGCAGGAGCUGUUGACCUCAGCACAGCAAAACCAUUCAACACAGUGGUGUCAGUGGAUGCUGCAUCUUCAGAAGUUGUUACAGCUGUAAUUGCAGAUGAUGGCAAGCCAGUGGAUCUCACUGCUGGCAAAAGAGCAGUAUGCUGUGAUGUUGUGUACAAACUCCCAUUUGCUGGAAGUUGCACUACUCAACAACCAACCACACCACUGCCUGAAGACCGUUUUGGAUAUCGUGAUGACCAUUAUCAAUAUGAUCGAUCACCUUAUGGCAUGCGAGGACUUGGUGGAAUCAAACCUUCAAUGUCGGACACAAACCUAGCUGAAGCUGGGCUGUUUUUCUACAAGAGUAAGAAUAGCUAUAAUUUCAGUGGCACAACAGAAGGUGCAGUAGACCUUACCUCAUCAAAGAUUUCUGAUGCAGGUGAAGCUGUUGACUACUCCAAGAAAGGCACAUAUGCGGGAAUGACUAUUCCACCCUAUUCCCAAGCCAGAGACACUAAUGCUGUUGGUACACUCUUUGGCACAAGCAGUGUUUUGAGGUCAUCAAAUGGAGUAGUGUAUUCCUCUGUUGCAGCACCAGUUCCAUCUACAUAUGCUAUUACCACCCAGCCUGGGUCCAUAUUUAGUACGUCAUACAACACCCUGUCAACUAUGCAUACCAGCGACACCAUGCCUUCCCUUUCUGACCUUCAAAACUUGCCAAUUACGCGAUCCCAUAGUUUUCUGUCCACUAUCACCAACACCGAAGAACAAGGAGAUACCCCUCUCAAUCUGGAGAUUUCCAGGGGUGGUAAUGCUGCUGUUAAUGCCUCCACAACAGCAACGACUUCUUUAUCCCUUGAUACCUACACUGAUGCAUCCUUAGAAGCCAUUGCUGCUUCACUGGAAGCUCUGUCGUCACCUAUGGUUCCUGGGGACGGCCAGUAUCAAGCAGAGCGUGAAAGGUUAGAAAUGGAGAAACUAAAGCAACAGCGCCUAGCUGAGGAAUUGGAAUGGGAGCGGCAGGAGAUUCAGCGGUUCCGUGAACAAGAACAGCUCCUGGUGCAGAAAGAACUGGAAGAGCUGCAGUCCAUGAAGCAACAGAUACUGGCCCAGCAAGAAGAGGAACGACAGGCUCACCUUAUGAUGCAGAAAGAAACCUAUGCCCAGCAGCAACAGCAGCUUGAGCAGAUUCAGAGACUCCAAGAACAACUUCGUUUGCAACUGGAGGAGCAAAAGCUUCGUCAGAUGUACCCAGGUGCAGACAUACCAGGGCAUGGCAUCCAGGAGGCAGUAGUCCUGGGGCCUGAUGGCACAGUGCUGUCCCGAAAAAUCACAGAUAGUGGAUGCCAAACAGAUGAAGAGGAUGAGACAGUGAGUAAAGCUUAUACAGCUGGAAGAAAAAAGAGAAGUGCUAAAAAAAGUGUUGACAGUUGUGUGCAGACUGAUGACGAAGAUCAAGAGGAAUGGGAGGCUCAGAACAGAAGCCGACAAAGCCGGCCACGCACUUCCAGGGGUGACAGAGGUGGGCAGUCAGAGAUGUCUCUCCAAGCCCAUACAGAGAUUUCCAUACAAACAGAUACGGAGGGCAACGUCAGAAUGGACACCAGAAUGGAGCUUUCUGACUCCGAAAGGACCUCACCAAAGAAACGACUUACUCCCUUAGAAAUAGGCCAGUCACCUAACCUCAAAACGGAUUCCUCUACACUUCAAGCACUUCCUAAAUCCCCAAAAGUGCUAUACUCCCCUAUUUCCCCCUGUAUAUCACCAAGCAAAUCUCUUGAGUUUGUGUCCUAUGAUAAAUCACUUGGUGAUACCAGCCCACAGAAGUUAAGAGGAAGUGCAGAUCCUUCAAAAGCCUCUCCAAAGUCCAUGCAGAGAUCUAUGUCUGAUCCUAAACCCAUGAGCCCAACAGGAGAAGAAAGAGCAACAUCUGACACCUACGGUGGAAAGAGCUCAGGUGGCACCCCAACAGGCACUCAAAAGAAGGUGAAGAGGACUCUCCCUAACCCACCGUCAGAGGAGGAGACCACAACCAGUGGCCAAACAGCAUACAGUACUGGUUCAGCUCGUCGAAGAAUGUGCCGCAAUUCCAACAUGGCACGUGCAAAGAUCCUGCAGGACAUUGACCGUGAGCUAGAUCUGGUGGAACGUGAAUCUUCCAAGCUCCGCAAAAGACAAGCAGAGUUAGAUGAGGAAGAGAAAGAGAUUGAUGCAAAGCUUAGGUAUUUGGAGAUGGGUAUUAAUCGGAGGAAAGAUGCACUACUAAAGGAGAGAGAAAAGAGAGAAAGAGCCUAUUUACAGAGUGUUGCGGAGGAUAGAGAUUACAUGUCAGACAGCGAGGUUAGUAACAUUCGUGAGACUAGAGGGGGGCGAGGUGAUGAGGAUGAGGAGAUUGAAAAUCAUGGUCUGGAACGUCCCAGGACAGCUCCUCAGUCAGAACUGGAUGACUUUGUUCCACCUCAAACUAAGCAUGAGUAUGGAAAAUACUCCCAGUACCAAUACAAUCAAAGUCAGUACCAGCAGUCUCUCUACCAGACUCCUCAGUCAUAUCAGUCUCACUCAAUCUAUUCAUCUGUUCCUUCGCUCACCAGCUCUCAACAGCAGAGUUACCACCAGAUGCUUUUGCUGCAACAGAAAGCUGCUAGGCAAGCAGCUCUCCUUUCAGAGCUGGAUGCAACCAAAUAUGAUGUCAUUAGCCGUCAACCCGACCCAACAUCAUCACCUUACCUGGGUGUCAAGUAUGACAAAUAUGGCAACCACCUUGACCUUCGAGCCUUGGAAGUAGGAAGCUUAGCAGGUAGCCCUAUGUCUACCGUCUCGGAACCCUACUACACUGAUGUUGAUCACCACACACCUCGGAGUUACAUGCUUCUUGAAGAUGCUGCGGAACUAGCAAAGGGGUCCACUGGUCUGUCUUCAUCUUAUAGUCUGGCUGAGAGGGAAUUGGCUAAGGCAGAGAAGCUCCUGCGCAGGAGUGCUGCUGAUCUGGGAUCUACUGACUAUCUGGGAUCAACUUCGAGACUCCAUACUUUUGGAAAGACACCCGAUGAAGAGGAUACAAUGGAGGAACCUUAUGAACUAAAACUUCUGAAGCAGCAGCUCAAGCAAGAGUUUAGGAGAAGUACAGGUGGGACAGAAAGUCUAGAACAACUGACAGGUCUCUCCCAGCACUACUAUACCCCAAGCUCUGGCGUCUCCAGUUAUUCCCAAAGACAUUAUCCAAAGUCAGAGAAGUACAGCAUCAGUCGACUUACUCUUGAGAAGCAGGCAGCAAAACAACUCCCAACAUCUAUGUUGUACCAAAAACACAAGACUCCUCUACUGGAUCCUAAAAUAUCAUCCAAGUAUUCCUCCAUUACGGACGGCAGAGGUUUGGAGACAGACUUUACCAGCUAUCUUGGUUCUACAAGCGCAUCCCCAAGAUCAAGCCGACUCAUGCAGGAUGAAAUUACCUUUGGGCUUCGUAAGAAUAUUGCAGAGCAGCAAAAGUACCUUGGGUCUACCUUGGGUGCCAACCUGGCUGGUUCCCUUAACUUGGGCCAGAGCUUAGGUUUGGAUUCUGCUUAUCCAAGUGGAAGCCGCUCAAGGCCCUCAUCCAGACCAACUUCUUGCUAUGGUCUGGAUUUGUCUAUCAAACGGGACCCCUCCAGCUCUUCGUUAAGGCUAAAAGGAGAUGGUGAAGCAUCUGGGGAUGUACCAAGUUAUCAAACUCCAUCUGGUCGCACCAAACCAACUAGCCUUCCCAUUGUGCAAAGUGGCCGGGGCAGAAUACCCAUCGUGGCACAAAACUCUGAAGAAGAAAGUCCACUGAGUCCCGUUGGUCAGCCGAUGGGCAUGGCACGUGCGUCGGCGGGACCUUUGCCUCCUAUCUCAGCUGAUUCAAGGGACCAGUUUGGUUCAUGCUUGUCUUUGGAGGGAUCCCAACAGCAGCAAAUCAGGGAAGAGCCGACGAGAGGUAGAGGUUAUGUGCUGCUGGAUGACCUUCAGGGCACCAUGUCAGAUAGUGAAGCCCUAAAUGAUUCCCUGAUGGCUUUGAACAGAGACGAUGCAACCAAUGCCUACCACCUCAGGCGGGAGGAAACCGACUGGUUCGACAAACCGAGAGACGGACGGUCAGAGAAUGGACAGGAGAAGAGACAGGGAAAAGGUCCGUACUACCCCUUCCCUCACCUCAGGGUCAAACUGCAGAGGGAUCCAAAGGACCGCAGUGUCUCAGGAAAUGGAUUGGGCAUUCGAGUGGUGGGAGGAAAAGAAGUCCCUGGCAGCAACGGAGAUAUCGGCGCUUAUGUUGCCAAAGUGCUGCCUGGUGGAGCCGCAGAACAAACAGGAAAGAUCCUCGAAGGAAUGCAAGUCCUGGAGUGGAACGGCGUUCUUCUGACGGGAAAAACCUAUGAAGAGGUCCAAGGGCUUGUCGGGCAGCCGUGUAAUGAGGCUGAAGUGUGUGUCAGACUUGAUCUCAACAUGCUGGCCGAGUCAGAGGGUUCCCAGCACUUGGAUUUCCAGGAGCACAGCAAAGGGGAGAGACCGCCCAGGUCUCCGGGUGUGGAUCCCAAGCAGCUGGCGGCUGAGCUGCAGAAAGUGUCCCAGCAGCAGGCGCCCUCCUCCUCCACCUCCAGCCUGCCUGCCACCACCUCCGCCACCUCCAGCCCCGGGCAGCCCGGAUCCCCCUCCGUCAGCAAGAAACGUCACAGCAGCAAGACUUCAGAAGGAACAAAGAUCCCGACCCACCCCAUCUCUGGAGAGAUACAGCUUCAAAUCCACUACGACAAGCAGCUCGGCAACUUGAUUGUUCACGUCCUGCAGGCCAGAAACCUCGCCCCGCGGGACAACAACGGUUACUCCGAUCCAUUCGUUAAAGUGUAUCUGCUGCCUGGCAGAGGUCAGGUCAUGGUUGUCCAGAACGCCAGUGCUGAAAACAAGAGGAAGACCAAACAUGCAGGGAAAAGCCUCAACCCUGAGUGGAACCAGACUGUCAUCUAUAAGAAUAUCCACCUGGAGCAGUUGAGGAAGAAGACUCUGGAGGUGAGCGUGUGGGACUACGACAAGUGCUCUUCCAAUGAUUUUCUCGGAGAGGUCCUCAUUGACCUGUCUAACACCGCUCAGUUAGACAACAUCCCGCGCUGGCUUCCCCUGAAGGAGCAGAGCGAAGGCGACCACCACAGACGCUCCCACUCGGGCCAGGGCCGGCACGGCUCCUCCAAACCCUCCUCCCAGCACUCCUCCCCUAAAACCACCGGCUCCUCGCAUGACAUUCAGGAUUCCCCCAAAUCCUCUGUCAUCAAGAGCCGAAGCCACGGGAUCUUCCCAGACCCAGCCAAGGGCCAGAGAGGCCGCCUCUCACUGAGGCACCAGAGACACAGCGUAGUGGGCGUGCUCACCAUUCAGAGAGCCCAGUCCGAUUGGCUGCCUGCCCUGCCAUCAGUUGUGUGGGCCAAAGGGAGCAGAGCAGACGGCAGACACCUGACCCUCAGGAAAGCUGUGUCAGAAGAGAGGCCGCAGAGCAUCGGAGCUCGGUCGAGCUACAGGUCUGGAGACGCUCCGGUCACGGCGGCCUCGUUGGACAGCGGCCUGAGCGGCAGCGCCUACAGCUUAUUGGACGAAGAAGGAGAGGCAAACGAGGUGGACAGCGCCAUCUUCCAGGUGCCUCGAUUUGGAAAGAUCCCAAAUGGCACAGAUGGCAUGAAAUCAACAGGACUCGGUGACUCUGAAGGUAAGACUCAGGUAAUGGGUGAGAUCAAGAUUGCUCUGAAGAAGGAGAUGAAGACGGAGGGCGAACAUCUGGUCCUUGAGAUUCUUCAGUGCCGCAACAUCACCUACAAGUUCAAGAGUCCUGACCAUUUGCCUGAUCUUUACGUGAAGCUCUACGUGGUGAAUAUCGCCACCCAGAAGAGGAUCAUCAAGAAGAAGACCAGAGUGUGUCGGCACGAUCGUGAGCCAUCCUUUAACGAAACCUUCCGGUUUUGUAUGAAUCCCACUGGACACUCUCUGCAGCUGUUCCUGGUGUCCAACGGCGGCAAGUUCAUGAAGAAGACCCUGAUCGGAGAGGCCUACGUCUGGCUGGACAAGGUCGACCUGCGGAAGCGAGUGGUGAGCUGGCACAAGCUGCUCGCCAGCACGGCUCAGAUCCACUCAUAGGAAGCCGGGAAAUCUAAAAGGGGAGAAGCAGCU